AUGUCGAUGGAAGAUCAUGCCAAAGAAUUCAACUUGCACUUCAAGCAGUUAUUACUCAACAAGGAAAAUGGUUCAACAAAGACAAAUGCCUAUAAUCCGUGGCUGUGCUUAUACGACGUCAAAAACGGCAGCAACGGAUCAAACCUCUCGGCCGACUGUCUGAUGUUCAAUGGCAACCUUCUUCAUGCACUACUUGACGACACUCAACCUUAUACGCCGUCGCCGGCACAUCGAUUCUUCACCUAUGUCACACCGGUUAUCGCCGUGUUCGGGGUGGUUGGAAACUCGGUAUCACUCAUGGUCUUCUUGUCCAAAAACAUGCGCAAGCUUUCUGCCAGCAUGUAUCUAAUCGCUUUGGCAAUAUCCGACAUAAUGUCACUUGUGUUUUAUGUACUGCCUGAAUGGCUCAAGCAUGGAGAACCGUUGCUUUCUGGAUACAGUUGGCCAUCAUUGCUGCAACAAAAUGGCGUGUGUCAGUCAGUUUUGUAUCUUCAGUACAUCGCCCGAUUCUUGUCAUCUUGGUUCCUCGUUUUCUUCACUAUUGAACGGUUUAUUGGCGUCUGUUUCCCGCUAUGUCGAAACGACCUUUGUGACCCCCGAUCUGCAUCCAGGGUCAUACUCGGCGCCGUCGUGGUGGCAUCCGCUGGAUGCGUGUUCAAACCCGUUCUCAGUGGUUCUUACCCCGCAAUCAGCGGUGCUAUGCUGUGCACGAGCGAUAGCGGUCACCAAUACCUCUCGUUCAUUCUAGACAGCAUAUUUGGAGUGAUAAUAACAUUUAUUCCAUUCAUCCUUAUCACAAUUCUUAAUGUGUUCAUCAUACGAAAGCUCGUGUUACGAAACAAACGUACUAGAAAAAUACGCGUCAUUACCACGGAAUCCAUCAUUCGCCUGGAAUUCACGUUCAUUCUCUUGGCAAUGUCCAUUUGUUUUGUUGCGCUGAACCUUCCAUACUUUGCUGUAUGGUGCAGACGUUACUGGAAAAUACGCCAGAUGUUCAACAUGCACAUGAUGUCGCCGACCACACUACAACACCAUGAUGACAAUAUUGGCGAUCUCGACAACACCCUUCACGUGACAAGGACCAUUUUCUAUAUAAACAAUUGCAUCAAUUUCUUUCUCUACUUGGUGACUGGGGCAUAUUUCCGAAAAGAACUUAAACAUCUAUUCUGCAAAGGUGAUCAAAACAUUAGAUUGAGCUAUGCGCACAGAUGUUCUGCGUAUAAUACGAGGCCUCAUUCCCAGACAUCCCGGCAAACCAGUCUUCUUUGA